GGCAGAGAAAGAGAGAGGGGGAGAGAGAGGAAAAUAAGAGCCAUCAGCCCCAUCUAUCCGUCUCUCAUACUACUGGAUAUUAUUAUUUUUCGGGGGGAUCUCUUUAUUUCCGUCAUCUUAUCAUUUUUCGCUCUUCCUUUUGUUGUUCGCUCUUUUCUGUCUUGGAGACUUCACAUCGCCGCGACUCUACUCUGCUGUUUCUGCCGCCUUUAUUUCUGCUCUCUUAUUAAUAUUGUUUAUAGCUCCCCACGGACUCACCGAGCGAUCGACCGACCAAAUAAUCGACUGACAGCUACUCCUGGAGGAUGAUUUAGAUUGGGUCAACAUGGUGCCAUUUUUGGGAUAAUUCCCCCUUUUUUUCUUUCUUUUUUGUUUCCUUUUUUCUUUUGCACAUUUGCUUGCAUGGGACUAGCGACUAUCAGGUGGACACCCUGAGCGCACACGCGUCACCUGUACGCGCACCUUUUGACGGCGCGCCUGUCAAUUAGCAUCACUAAGUGGAUUAUUUUGAUCUUAUAGUCUCUUGCAGGUUGCUCCACUCCACUUCCUCCUCCCUUCACCUCCCCCCUUCCUCCUCCUCCUCCUCUGCCUCCCGAGAAGUUAUGUCAAGGCCUCUCACUCAGCUCCUACCGCCGGAUCUCCCUGCCGGGGCCACCAGCCCCCAGUUUGGGGCCAGCAACCCGGCUGGAAGUGGUCCCCAAGGUGGACACCUGACCUCCAUGACCAACCUGAAGACCCUGCUUCAACUGCCAAUCAAAGCCGACCAGAGAGGUCCCAAGGACUGUUGCGAGAUGAAAGACAAAGACAAGCCCCUGGACUCUGAUGAAGACUCACUGGGUGUCAGCGCCGGUGGGGCUGGUGGGGUGGGAGGAACCCCGGCCUCCAGCACGCUGCGACCCAACUCACAGUCAGCCUUCCUGGGCCCGCUGCUGUGGGAGAGGACCCUGCCAUGUGAUGGAGGCCUGUUCCAGCUGCAGUACAUGGACCUGGAGGAGUUCCUGACUGAGAACGGGAUGGGGAUGCACAGCAACGGGCCCAGCUCUGCCAGCGCCCAGAUCCCCUCGCAGAGCUCCCAGUCUGCAGUGCCCAACCAGAGCUCCCAGUGUCCUCCCACCUCUCCUCCGCCCUGCUCCUCAUCUUCCUCCUCCAUGUCCUCGUCAUCCUCCUCUUCCUCACUGCUUGGACUGGAGACCGUCCAGCCACAGCCACCACCACCACCACCUCAACAGCAGCAAAGCAUGAUGGGAGGACCUGAGUGUCUACAUGGUGGUCAGGCAGUGCCUCAGGACCCGUCACCCUCCUCGACCUGCCCUCCGGGGCCCACCGGACCAGGGGGCACCAACGGCAGCAGCGACAUCAUGGUGAACUGACCUGACCCGGCGGACCUGGCGCUGUCCAGCGUGCCGGGCCAGGAGGCGUUUGAUCCGCGGCGGCACCGCUUCAGCGAGGAAGAGCUGAAACCUCAGCCAAUGAUCAAGAAGGCCCGCAAGAUGCUGGUCCCGGAUGAACAGAAGGAUGAAAAGUACUGGAGCCGGCGAGUGAAAAACAACGAGGCAGCGAAGCGCUCGGAUGCCCGGCGGCUGAAGGAGAACCAGAUCUCGGUGCGUGCGGCCUUUCUGGAGCGGGAGAACGCCGCUCUUCGCCAGGGAGGUCGCCGACAUGAGGAAGAGCUCGGCCGCUGCAGGAACAUCAUCAACAAGUACGAGAGCCGGCACGGAGACUUGUGAGGAGACGGAAGGAGGAGGAACGGGCGGGAGGGGAAGUGGCGAUGAGACAAGGGUACAAGGCAACCCAACAACAGCAGCACUUUAGUUGAGGUGGCGAGUGGGGGGAAGGCUGACGUAGAUCUGCAGUAAGCACCGUGCGGCACCGGGCGCAACGCGUCUUUUAGUGCGAGCGCUGUGCUCCAGGAUGUCACGACAGGAAGGCACAGCCAAGCCAGUUUCUUUCCCGACUUUGACUCUCUGUAGACGCCGCUUCGCUGAAUCCACACACCGUACUGUAUCACCACCUCGGCAGCUUCACCCUCGGUGCUGCGCUUACGCCCGGUGCCGCACGGCGUUUUUGCAGGUAGUGCGUUUCCACCCGCCGCUCUGACCAGUUCAAACAGGGUGUUGAAUUCACAAUAUGCCAGUGAAAUCUCACUUUUUAAGCUCAAGGCAUGGACACAAGCCAGAAGAGGUCAGAUGUGUAAUUUUUUUCUAUAAACAAGUCAAAAAGAAAACGUGUAUAUUUUUGAACUGGCAGGAAGGCAAGACUAGUCCAGCAAAGAGGAGGCGCAGAGGGAGGAAGAGGAGCAGGGCUUUCGUCAAUAACUCAAAGAGAUUUUGACAUAGGAUUAUUGUAUAUUUUCUAUUAGCAGAGGUAUUUAGGAGGCGGAUUUUGGAGAUAAUCUUUUGUAUAAUUUAUAUAUGGGGCGGGAGGGGCUGUUAGCUGGACAGUCACGGGGCCACAUAAAGCGCUUUUCCUCCCAGCUGUUUAUUGCAUAACAAUAAAUAAUCUAUUUUCAACUUUAGAGAGCUGGUUAGUCAGAGGAAGAGGUGUAACAGAAUGUAUUAUGGUUGAUUCAGGUAUUUCACACAGCAUGAGGCAAGGCGAGGUAUUUUCAUUUCCGACUGUUUUUGGCAUUGAAAGGGGGCGGAGUCAGGACGACGGUGAAACAAUUGUAUAGUUUAAAGACAUUUUUGUGUCCGUUUGUUUCCUCAGCUCGUUCAGCGGAGGGCUUCUCUCCUCGCUGAUUCUGUGUCUGAACUGGACAUAAAUCGCGGGGCUUUUAUUUUCUGAAGGAGGAGAAAAAGCUGAAAUAUUAAUUAGCCAUCGAACCCUGGAUGUGAGCAGAUGUGCGAGGAUAAGCAAAGAGGGAGGAGUUCGCUGGCGGGUUUGCAUUUUAGUUCGGUGAAUGUGUCUUGCUCACACACACACACACAAACUUGUAACCAUUGCACAGCGUGAUUGCGGUUGCUUUCUUUACUUGUCAAUCAUGUCUAGGCGGUGCAAAAGUUUAACACUAACUGGUUUAGGGUUGAUCUGUCCGAGUGACUGAAACCUUCAACACACACACACACACACACACACACACACACACACACACACACACACACACACACACACACACACACACACACACACACACACACACACACGGAGUCUUCACAAAGGUUUGAACCCUUAUUGUUGUUGUUGAUGUUGUUAUGGACUUCUAUGGUGCUGAUCUAAUCUGAUCCUCGACCUGACCACGCACACAAAUAUACACACAAAUCAUAGUUGCACACACAUCACACACAGUACUGAACUGCCUGUUCCCUUUUCUUUGUCUUUAUUCCUUAUUCUUAGUUUAUUUUUCUCUCUUUUGUUGCAUAUUGUAUUAUAAAUCAUAUAUAGAUUUACACACCACACACACACACACACACACACACUUGUCUAUACCUCUCCUUCAAACUUUACCCAAUGAGAACGAGAAAUGCACCCUACUGCUACUGUACCAUACAACUGUACUAUUGAAUAUUAAACUAUUCUCUCACUAGAUAUAUAUGUGUAUAUGAUAUAUGCUUGAAUUAUGUGAUUAUAGUUGUAAUAUACAUAAUUGAAUAUAUUUCAGAAAAACCGUUGGAAUCAUUUUGUCAGUUUUUUUUCUCAGGUGUUGUCUGAGGUAUUAAAUAUGCAUAUUAAAAAAAAAAAAAAAAUCUUUGAUCCGAUCACAGAAUCUGUGGUUUGGUUUGUUUUAUUUUUUGUGGAGGGGGUUCUAUUUCAUGUUUCCUGUUGGGUUUUAUUGUUAUGAUUCAGUUUUAGCCCAUUUUUGUUUGUAAGUCACCAGCAUGGGGCAGAAAGCUCUGCAGGCUAACUGCCCCCACCCCCGUUAGUUACUGUUGCUCUCAGCCUGUCGCACUUUGCACUCUAGAGGACAGUUUAACAGUUUACCAAAGGCCUUCAGAGAGCAACUUCUUUGAACAGGCAGUUAUUUUGACACCUCCAUCUAAAAGGGAUCCUGUAGCUGUGAUUUGGGUGCUAGCACCUCCAGUCAAAAUCCAAUAAGAACUGCGUAAAACGGUUGGCGACAAAUAAGGUUUCAUUGGUCCUCUAUAGUCACAGACAGCAUAAAAGAUGGACAUAGCUACUCUGACAUCACCUGUUGGUUUGUGAGGUCUCACUCUGAAGCCUCCUGAUGAGUGUUUUCGUCAUCGCCAUCGUGGUGUUUUGAAACUGGAUGUGAUGGAAAGAUGCCGCCAUGCUCACUGUCUAACAAACUGUCAGUCAGAAGUCAGUAGCCAAUGAGUGUGCCCCCUGCAGUCGUUUCUCAAACAGUAUGAUCAAAGUUUACAAAAUGAAAUUCAUAUUUUGAUUCAGUAUAAUUUAAACCUGUAAACUCAUCAGGAGACUGUUUAUAGAGUUCAUCAGUGAGACUUUUAGAAGACCUCAGCUAUCGCCAUCUGGUGGCCUUUAGACAGAAUGCAGGAUUUUAGACAUUUCUGGAUUGGCUCCAUUUUUGCAGCCUGGAAGCUAUGUCCAUGUUUCAUGCUAUCUACACACACACACACACACACACCACAACACACACACACACACCACACACACACACACACACACACACACACACACACACACACACAACUAAACCGUGUGUGUAGUUCGGUGCAAUGACACAAUUACCAACGUUUCUCCACGUUGGCUGUUUUAGCAUUCCUGAACUCUCCCAUUGAAUUCUGUUCAGGAUUUCUUGAUUGCUGUGUUUCCUCCCCUUUAUACUGUCUCUGCUUUUUUCUAUAACAUUUGGAGUUAAGUCCUAAACUCUGGAAGAUUUUAUUAGCUGCAGCUAACUUCAGCCUAGCUAACAGCUUGUUUUAUAAUAUAGAAUUUGUAAAGGGAUAAGCAGCUGGGAGAUUUCCGCUGUCUUAAUAAACUGUAACAAAACAAAGAAAAUAGCUCCAUUACUUUAACAGACUGCAGGCAAGUUGUUUGCUAAAAACAGUUUAACUGAGUGUAGGCGAGUACCAGCGGAUUCACCUCCUUCUCUCCCAAGGAAAGCCGGAGUAUCAUGUUGUGCUGAUGAUAACAUCCAGAGGAGUGUACUAUGAAGACUGGUGAUGGCUUAUCGAGCUAAAGUCUGUCACAAAAAGUCGUCUUUUACCUGGUUAAAUCACCAUGGCAGCAGGUUAUGUUCAGUUUUGGUUUGGUUUUGGUUUAAAAUCGACUGAAGCUUCACGUCUUACAGCAUGUUGUAACUGCAGCGUAGAGUCUCUGUGGGGAGAAUAUGUUUUAUCCCUGUUAAGCCUUAUGCUACUAAAACCACUGAAUGAAGCACAGCUGUGUUGUAUUGUUAUCCUUGAUUCUAAUGAUACACACAGCACCCAUUCAAGUUCACUUCACUCUGCUCUGCAGACAAACUGAAGUGUUUCCACAUCUCCUUCAUUAGGUUAUGGGACAGUGAUAUUCAGAGUUUAAAUGUAUCCAGUUUGGAUUUUCAGACCUCUAAUGUGCAGGCCGUUACCUUAGAAAUAAACUGCAGCACCAAGCGCGCCAGAGCGCAUGACUUCAAAUGUUUAAAUCCAAACAUUAGUGAUUUUUGGCAGGAGUAAUCUCUUAUUUGUAAAAUUGUUGCACUUUACUGUUAUAUUUUUAUGUUCUUCAUAGAUUCGUAUCACCAUUUUAUCAAUAUCAUUAUCUGAUAACGUCUCUAAUUGGAGUAGGCUGCACUCAUCGGGAUGAUUUUGUGCAGAAGAGUCACAUGAUCUGAAGCAGAAAGCCCAUCUUAAUAACCACUGUCAUGAUGGCUGCCAUCUCCAGCUUUGGUUUUGUUGAGCCAGCUAACACACAGAAAGCCUGGCUGUGUUUCGAUCGUAGUACACCCCUCUGCUACGUCGUUUCCUGCCUCCUGCUCGGCCCACAUACAAACACACAGCCCUUCAUCUUCAGUGUCAUCAUACGCUAGAUUAAUCUCUUUGAAACAACAUUAUAUUAAUAACUCAGAAUUUUGAGAGGCUAAAUGCAGUGGCAGGUGCUAGGCUGUGAUUGGACAGUCACUGAAUGGGGCGGGGUUUAGUUGACUGUUACAUAUAGAAUUGUGUUAAUUUGCAGAUAGCGACUAAAACUUAGCUCUUGUCACAUGCUAUUCAGUCAGAGUGUUAUGAUUGUUCUUGAUAUUUUUGAUUGUUUUAUGUAACAGCUUGUGUUCUUCAGGUGAUUUUAGUCUCAUAUAACUAUGUUUUCAUUCCCAAGACCAACUUUCACAUUUUCUAUGAGCCUGUUUGCUGCUGGCCUCAUCCACAGAGACUUCACCGAGCCCCACGUGUACGAUGGGAGUUUGAUACACAGUGUGUACUGUAUGUUUUCCUUUCCCUUGUCUUCUUUUUGGGGAAUAUGUUUCAACCUGAGACACAAACUUUGAAUUGAAAUCCCUGGAAGAAACUCAGAGCUUCUUACACUUCCAUCUGUUGAUGGAAGAAGGAAGUCGUCUUUUUUCUUUGAUAUGUGGGAUUUGGGGAUUUCUUCACAGACCUUUCUGAAACUUUUUGACAGUGCUAUUUUUCUAUGUAACUGUGUUGUUGAGUGUGGUACCAGCUUUUCUCUGACGGGCGUUUGAGGCCUGCUCUUCAUGUGGCAGCAGUGAGUUUGCUGCUGUGCGAUAAAACGGCAUUGCGGGUAAUAAUGACAACAAUAACGAUGAUGAUGACAAUAAUGUGCGCAGCCUUGUUACUUCUUCUUCAACUCUGUGGAUUCUCAGCUAACUUCCUCUUGUUGUGACUGACUGUUAUAAACUGCAAGUCCCACGAGCUCAGCACUACCCCAGCUCCUCACCAGUAUUGUGUGCAGUCCACAGGGAUGCUGGCAUGUGUGGUCUAUUGUCCCCUCCAAACACCAAUA